UCACCAGCGUAUGGGUAGAAAGGUGACGAAGACAAUAAUAUCUUAGCUCAGUGUCUAAAUAUAAACAGCGACUAAGACCAACGUGAACUUUUUUAACUUUUACCGGUCGUAGUAGGUUUACAUGAUUAUUUUUUACCGUAUAGUGAGCGCUGUUGGUCGCUAAUACAUUGUUAACAUACAGAUAUUCCCACGCUGUUUAAAGUUUCUGUGUUGACAAACUUUGUCACGUUGUCAUCGUUAUUAUCUUCGUCCAUGGAGCAUUUUACAUGCGAGGACGGUGUUUUUAAUCAAUGAAAUGGGAUUUACCGGCACGAGGGAAGUCUCGUGGGACUGUACAUCUGUUUAAAAUAAACCUCUUGAACCUGCUCAGGACACUUUAACGAGUUUUAUUUUUUAUUAUCCAUGGAGUCUGUUGGGAAGUUUGAGUUCAACAGGAAAGACCUGAUUGGUCACGGUGCAUUUGCAGUUGUGUUCAAAGGAAGACAUAAAGAGAAACGUGACUGGGAAGUUGCUGUGAAGUGCAUCAACAAGAAAAACUUGGCCAAGUCACAGUGUUUGCUGGGUAAAGAAAUCAAAAUAUUAAAGGAACUAAAACAUGAAAACAUCGUCAGACUACUUGACUAUCAGGAAAUUGGGGGAUGUGUGUAUCUUGUCAUGGAGUACUGCAAUGGAGGUGACCUAGCAGAGUAUCUUCACUCUAAGGGCACUCUAAGCGAGGACACCAUCCGAGUCUUCCUGCAGCAGAUUGCUCAGGCCAUGAAGGUCCUGCAGAGCAAAGGCAUCCUCCACCGAGACCUCAAACCCCAGAAUAUCCUGCUCUGCCAACCAGAGGGGCGCAGGUCCAGUCCCACAAAUACCUGCAUCAAAUUAGCUGAUUUUGGUUUUGCACGUCAUCUCCAGAUAGACACUAUGGCAGCCACACUGUGCGGCUCUCCCAUGUACAUGGCUCCUGAGGUCAUCAUGUCCAAGACCUACGAUGCCAAGGCAGAUUUGUGGAGCAUCGGUACUAUUGUGUACCAGUGUCUGACUGGGAAGGCUCCAUUUCAUGCCAGCACACCGCAGGAGCUUCGCUUUUUUUAUGAAAGCAACAUGACCCUCUUACCCAGCAUCCCAAAGGAGACUUCUCGUAAACUCAGACACCUUCUGUUGGGGCUGCUGCAGAGAAACCACAAAGAACGGAUCAGCUUCGAUGAGUUCUUCCACCAUCCUUUCUUGGAGACAAGCUCAACCACAAAGAAAUGCUCUCCUGCUCCCACGCUCCCCUACCCCAGUUCAGGCUCAGUCAGCUCCUCCAGCAGCUCCUCCACAUCACAUCUGGCCUCCCCUCAACAUUCCGAUGGAGAGAUGCACCGACUGCAGCCCAAAGCGCAGUAUUUCCCUCCACAGGACUCCCCUGUCCUCAUGAUAAAAGAAAUAGCCAAUCAGCACAGCAGGAACACCUCUUCUUCCACAGAGGACUAUGUCAUGGUGCCUGCACAGUUUCCAAAUGAGGACACAUGUGAUGUUGAAGUCGGGUCACCUAUUGAGAGUUGCCUGAUUUACAGUGGGAGUUCACGACUGGUUGAAAGAAGCCCUGGAUUUGCAGGAAAGACACCACCAGCCUCUCCCCAGCUACACUCUCCCCCGAAACCGAGCAAACCUGUUAAAUUAGUCGGCCCAAACUGCAGCCCUUCAUUGCCCAUUCCUGUCCCGACUCAGAUCCAAAACUACCAGCGUAUGGAGCAGAACUUGCACCCUGCCGGCCUGCACGGCUCCACCAGGGUUACACUCUGCUGUGGCGGCAGCAGCGGGGAAAACUCCCCCCAAUAUGGAGGUUGUAGGUCUGCAGGUGUGGGAUCUGUCGUCGACUCCCCAAGACUGGCAAUUGGAGGCGCGCGACCACAUCCGUCUUCCCCACUAGUGGGAAUGACCCCAAAGACCUCAGAGCAGACUCUCCCCUUCAGCACAAGAACUGGACUGCUCACUGGCUCCCCUGACAUGCAGGACACCAGCAGCCCAAAGGUUAAAUCAAGGAUGCCAAACCGAACCAGGACAGUCCCAGACCUGAAAUCCCUCGACCCAUCUCCUGCUUCCCAGACCAAUUUCAGCAGGAAGUCAGCCAAUAAGAAGGGCCCUUUUAAAAGAUCGCUGAGCACAGGCAGGUUGUCUGACAUGCUACUUAAAGCCGCCUUUGGAGCUCAUCUUAUUGAAGAAGGAAGUGUCGAGAGCCUCAACUGUGACAGAAGCAUGGAUAUAACAGCUCCACCUACUGGUUAUCACAGAGGCUUGCAGUUCACAGACAGCCCCCCUCCUACAAUCUUCAUAAUGGGUUCUUCUCCCUCCAAAGGAAACACUCCUCCUGAUGCUGUGGUAUCUAGGAUGUUUUCAGGCUCUCCCAGCUACAUGAACUCAGCCUGGCUUCUCAACGGUCGUCUGCUUCAGGGAGGAAGCCGCAGAAACAGUGAGACUGAAUCUAUGGACGCUACUCCUCACAGCAGUCUGGUGUUUCAUCCUCCGGAGCUCCCUGAAGACACACUGAUGGAGCAGGCUCAUACAGAUGUCCUGAGUGAACUGCGUUUCAUCUUGGCUUUUGUCCAUUGUGUCAUGGAGUUGGCUUCUUCUAAGGACCUGAGUCUUGAAACCAUAAGCAGUCCUGAUGUUUCCUUUCUAGAGCAGAGCUUAGUGACUGAUCAGAUCAGCCUUCUGAGUAAAGAAUGGAGCUAUGCAGAAGAGUUAGUGUUGUACAUGAAGGCUGAGGAGUUUCUGUCAUCGGCACUGCACACAGCUAAAGACAAUAUCAAACAAGGCCGACUCGUUCCCUCUGCUACAGUCAAACAAGUGAUCAGGAAGCUGAACGAAUUGUACAAGAACUGUGUGACAUACUGUCGCUCACUCAAUCAUCGGCUGCAGACCUUCUUGCUCGACAAACAGAAACUGAUGGAGCGCUUCAAUGGACUCACAGCAGAGAAACUCAUCUACAGUCACACCAUGCACAUGGUACAGUCUGCUGCUUUAGAUGAGAUGUUCCACUAUGGCACAGCAUCAGUGCAGCGCUACCACAAAGCCCUCUUGCUAAUGGAGGGUCUGUCUCGAAUCAUCACUGAGCAAAAAGACAUUGACAGCGUUGAUAAAUGUAAACAGUGUAUUGAGCGACGCCUUUCUGCUCUGCAGUCUUAACAAUAUCCAUGAACCCCCAGGAAAGCGUCCAAAGCAACUGUAUUAUUUUUCCUCAUCUUUUCAAUGCUGAUGGACUCUUCUAGUCUGUCAAUACACAAAGCACUUUGAUCCGUCUUAAGGGAAAUGACCAGUAGAGGAUCUGCUCUGAUCCCCCCAGCCAGUCUGUAAUAUUUACAUAAAUGCACAGAAAAGACUGGAAGAUUGUGCUAUGAUUGUUUGGACACUUUGAUCAGGUAAUUAGUUCUCAGUAUGUGUUUUGUUAAAGACUGUAUGUUAGUGUGUUUUGUGUUUGCACAUAGAAUAAGCAGAUUAAAUAUAACUGACAUUUAAUGGGUUUUACUUGAAACAAAGGUUGUUCAGUUGUGAUGCAUAUGUGUUAUGUGUAGAGUAAAAAAGCUCACCAGCCAUCGAGAGCCAGAUUGUUUUGGAUAAGAUGACCAAAUAUUACAAAUGAGCAGAAGUAGUGGAAAAAUGUGCCUGCUUUUCUUCUACAAUUAGUUUUUAAUCACAGCACAGGGUGAAAGUAAAGGUGGUGUAAGUAUGAGAUAGAUUGUCUUACAUCAUAGCCUUUAAUAAGUACAUUUGACAUUUGAUUGAGAUCUUGUUUUUUUAAAACUGAUUCAUUGAUGUCCUCUGUCAUUUGAAAUGUUUCCAGUCUGGAGGUACAUCAACUGCAAGAGCUCAUGUUAUCUGAUGUUUUGGUGUAUGAUCGCAAAUUUGGUUUUUUAUAUUGUAGCUGUUGGAAAAGAUCUUUGUUAAGAUCUUGUAUUUUUUGUUAGAUAGUUUAUAAAUGAAUUUGCACAUAAUUUAUGCCUGAUAGUCCAUUUGUUAAAUACAAUUACACAUUUAAUUUUUGUGUACAUUUUUUGGUUAAACAAAAGUUUGUUAGGAUUGGAAUUUGCUCUUUUCUACUUUGACUUUGUGAAUGCCGUUGAGAUUUGCAAAAUUUAAUUGUUAC